AUGAAACAAAAGCAAUUGCAUAUUCCAGGAAAAAGGUUAAAAUAAUAUGAGAUUGUACAAUUGAUUGGAUCAGGAGGAUAUUGCAAAGUUUAUCAAGUAAAUAAAAUAUUCAUUAAAGGCAGUUAAUAUUUAAACAAAUGAGAAUGUAGCAAUUAAAGCUGUUGCAAUGUCUACAUUUAAGAAUCAUGGAGGAUUGGUUGGAUAACUACAUGAUACAGAAAAAUAAAACAUGAAACUUGUUAAUAGUAACUAUGUUGUAAGAUUUAUUGAUGAAUUCCAAUAAAAUAAAUACUCAUAUAUUGUUAUGGAGUAUUGUAAUCGUAAUACCUCUUUAUGUAUGUAUCAUAGAGGGAGAUAUUGAAAAACUAUGGUUGGAUAAUAAUAAGCAUUUUAGUGAAGCACAAACAAUUUUUUAUGUGAAACAAAUUCUAAGAGGAAUUUAGGAUCUUCAGAAAUGUUAAGUAAUGCAUAGAGAUAUUAAAAUGAAGAAUAUUCUGAUGCAUAAUGAUCAAAUAAAAUUAGGAGAUCUUGGAUUCAGUAAGUCUAAACUUAAAUUUAUGCAUUUAGUAUAACAAUAAUAAUCCUAUGACAUUGACUAUUGGUAUGCUUGGUUACAUGGCUCCAGAAGUUGUUCAAUCUAAACAAUACUGUAAUACGGCGGAUAUUUUCAGUCUAGGUUGUUUGAUUUAUUUAAUGAUUUAUGGACAAUUACCUUUUUCAGAUUAAAAUCAUUAAAUCUAUUUGUAUGAAACAAAAAAUAAAAGUACAAUAAACUUUAUUAUGAGAAAUCAU